GGCUGCGGCCACAACAUAGGUCCGUGCGGCGCCAUAUUGGAUAUUCCUCCUCUUACCGGUUCUCCCCGGACGCCUGCCUGCGCCUGUCGUCCAGCCUCCGGCAGUCUCUGCUCCGCGGGCUCAGGUAUGAGGGAUGGUAGCGACGCAACGCGCAGUCACCGACGAAAGCUCCGCACCGCUUUGUUCCUCAGGGCAGCGGCACCUCGUUACCGGGCGGAGGAAUCCGGUUAGAGACGCACCUGAGGAGCGGAGGUGAGGAAGUGGUAUGCAGUUUGAGGAAGAAAUAAUUGGAUUGUGAUAACUCCAUCGAGACAUGAUGUUCACGCUCACGGAGGUUGCGUCCUUGAAUGACAUUCAGCCGACGUACCGCAUCCUAAAGCCAUGGUGGGACGUCUUCAUGGACUACCUGGGAGUGGUUAUGCUCAUGCUUGCCAUAUUCGCCAUGACUAUGCAGAUCACUAAGGACCAGGUGGCGUGCCUUCCUUGUCUGGAGGACCCAGACGAGACACCAGGAGCUAAACCUGGAUCAUUCCCCCAGCAGCCCGCACAAGUAACCGCCUCAACUGCAUCCACCGGGGCCCCAGUGGCCUCAACCCUUCCCUAUAUUACCAAGGACUUACCGGACGAAGCAGUCCAAGAGAUCCACACCACACAACAACACACUGCGGGGUUGUCAGGGAAUUAUCCUAAUCAACCUCAACCAACUGGAAUCAAGACCAAUCUGGACUAUCAACAGUAUAUCUUCGUCAACCAAAUAUGUUACCACGUUGCCUUGCCCUGGUACUCCAAGUACUUUCCAUACCUCACUCUCAUCCACACUAUUGUUCUCAUGGUCAGUAGCAACUUCUGGUUCAAAUACCCCAAAACAAGCUCGAAGAUCGAACAUUUUGUUUCCAUUCUAGGCAGAUGCUUUGAGUCUCCCUGGACAACCAAGGCUUUGUCUGAAACCGCUUGUGAGGACUCUGAGGAGAACAAGCAGAGGCUGACCGGCACCUCCUCAGUACCAAAACAGGUAUCUUUAGAGGGAAAGGAGGAGAGCGUCACCUCGUCCACUCCCAUGCUUGGGGUGAAGUUUUCCGCAGAUAAGCCCAUAGCGGAGGUCCCUAGUAGUAUGACAAUCCUGGACAAAAAAGAUGGGGAGCAGGCAAAAGCCUUAUUUGAGAAAGUGAGAAAAUUCAGAGCUCACGUGGAAGACAGCGAUUUCAUCUACAAGCUUUAUGUAGCACAGACCAUUGUCAAAACCGUCAAGUUUAUUUUGAUAUUGUCCUACACUUCAACCUUUAUGGCUAAGAUUAAUUUUAAGCACAGAUGUGAGCCUGAGAUCAAACAGCUGACAGGAUACACACACUUCUACUGUACACACAACAUGGCUUUCAUGCUGAACAAGCUGCUGAUCAGCUACAUGGCUUUGAUUUUGAUCUAUGGCAUGGCGUGCUUGUACUCACUCUUCUGGGUGUUUCGGCGACCCCUGAAAGAGUACUCGUUCGAGAAGGUCAGGGAGGAGAGCAGCUUUAGUGACAUUCCUGAUGUCAAGAACGACUUUGCAUUCCUCUUACACAUGGUUGACCAGUAUGACCAACUCUAUUCCAAGCGCUUCGGUGUCUUCUUGUCUGAAGUCAGUGAAAACAAGCUGAGGGAGAUCAGCCUCAAUCACGAGUGGACCUUUGAAAAGUUGAGGCAGCUUGUGAGCCGUAACACACAGGACCAGCAGGAGCUGCACCUUUUCAUGAUCUCCGGACUCCCCAACGCUGUGUUUGACCUCACCGACUUGGAGGUGCUUAAACUGGAGCUGAUUCCUGAAGUGCGGUUCACGGCAAAAGUCUCUCAGAUGACCAGCCUGCAGGAGCUUCAUCUCUGCCACUGUCCCGCCAAAGUAGAGCAGACAGGCUUCGCUUUCCUCCGUGACCAUCUUCGGUGUCUUCACGUCAAGUUCACCGAUGUUGCAGAGAUCCCAGCUUGGGUGUAUCUGUUAAGGAGUUUGAGGGAGCUAAACCUCAUUGGCAACUUAAGCUCCGAUAAUAAUAAAAUGAUCGGUCUUGAGUCCAUGCGAGAUUUGAGGCAUUUAAAGACAUUAUGCCUGAAGAGCAACCUCUCUAAAAUGCCCACAAACAUCACUGAGCUAUCGCCACACUUAAUUAAAUUAGUCGUGCACAACGAUGGUACGAAACUGCUUGUGCUUAAUAGUCUAAAAAAGAUGACAAAUCUGAUUGAGCUGGAGCUGCACAGCUGCGAAAUAGAGAGGAUUCCCCACGCUAUUUUCAGCCUGACCAACUUACAGGAGCUUGACUUGAAAUCUAACAACAUCCGCACCAUUGAAGAGAUCAUCAGCUUCCAGCACAUCAAGAGGCUGACGUGCCUGAAACUAUGGCACAACAAAAUAAUCACCAUUCCAUCCUCCAUCGUGCAGGUCAAGUCCCUGGAGUCUCUCCACCUCUCGCACAAUAAGCUGGAGUCUUUGCCUCCGGCCUUGUUCGUACUACCCAAACUGCGGCACUUGGAUGUCAGCCACAACUCCAUCUCAGUGCUGCCUCCAGAUGUCGGCCUCCUCCACAACCUCCAGCACCUGGCCAUCAACUCCAACAAGCUGGAGGUGCUGCCCAAGCAUCUGUUCAGGUGCACCAAGCUAAAGGUGCUGUGUCUGGGGCAAAACGCGCUCACCGUGCUGCCGGAGACGGUGGGUCAGCUGGUGCAGCUCACCCAGCUGGAGCUCAGAGGGAACUGUCUGGACAGGCUGCCCGCCCUGCUCGGAAACUGCCGCCUGCUGCGGAAAAACGGCCUGGUUGUGGAGGACCACCUCUUUGACACGCUGCCUGUGGAAGUCAAGGAGAGCAUCAGCAGAGAGACCAAUGUGUCCUUCACGAGCGGCUUAUAGCACAGAAACACAGACAGGCCUGCAGCUCUGGGGGUUCUUAACGUAUCAGUGUAACAGGAGGAAAAUACUUUUUAUUAUUGUAACAUCAACCCAAAGUAAUGCAUUUUCUUGAUUGUUUUUAAUGGAUUGUAUCUGCUUAUGUAGAACAAUACUAAUUCCAUUUAUUUGUUGCUGAGUUUGUGUCUAAUUCAGCAGUUUGUUUUUGCCUUUAGCUUUUUCACAACAUUAAUUGAAGAUUUCGCUCCUUUGUAGACCAAUCUGUUGCUCCAGUGACACAGUUUGUAGACGUAUCUUUGGUUAAGGUACUCAGGUAUAAUUGUUACCAUGGGGAACUAUCUUUUGCCUUACCUGCUGCUACACACGCUUAAGGCCAAAUAGAAAUAUUUCAUUUUUAUGGUUGUUUUUUUCCAUAUAACAAUUUCUUUAUGUUUGGGAAGCAGACACAAUGCAUUGUGUCUUUUCUUGGUUUUAUAUGACCUGUGUAGAAUUGAUAUAACCUUUAUUUUCCUUGAUGUCUUAUAGCGAAUUGAAUGAGCAUAGAGUUGUAAACCUCAGGUGGAGACUAAGCACCAGAAAUGAACCUUUACUGAUGUAGAGAUUGUAUGCUAAGGCCUGUAGCACAACAUAAAUAUCACCCUCCCGUCCUCCAUCGGGCAGGUCAAGUCCCUGGAGUCUCUCCACCUCUCCCACAAUAAGCUGGAGUCUUUGCCUCCGGCCUAGUUCUUACUACCCAAAGUGCGGCACUUGGAUGUCAGCCACAACUCCAUCUCGGUGCAACUCCAACAAGCUGGAGGUGCUGCCCAAGACUCUGUUCAGGUGCACCAAGCUAAAGGUGCUGUGUCUGGGGCAAAACGCGCUCACCGUGCUGCCGGAGACGGUGGGUCAGCUGGUGCAGCUCACCCAGCUGGAGCUCAGAGGGAACUGUCUGGACAGGCUGCCCGCCCUGCUCGGAAACUGCCGCCUGCUGCGGAAAAACGGCCUGGUUGUGGAGGACCACCUCUUUGACACACUGCCUGUGGAAGUCAAGGAGAGCAUCAGCAGAGAGACCAACGUGUCCUUCACGAGCGGCUUAUAGCACAGAAACACAGACAGGCCUGCAGCGCUGGGGGUUCUUAACGUAUAAGUGUAACAGGAGGAAAAUACUUAUUAUUAUUAUAACAUCAACCCAAAGUAAUGCAUUUUCUUGAUGUUUUAGUUGGUUGUAUUUGCUUAUGUAAACAAUACUAAUUCCAUUUAUUUGUUGCUGAUUCUUAUUAGGGCUUGGCUAAUGACUUCAAAUAAAUAUCACGAUAUUUCAAACUUUUACCUCAAUUACGAUUAUUUAACCCCCAUUUGGCGAAUUACUCUGCCCCAGUCAACAAAUGAUUCAGCACGGAAUGUAGAGGAACCUGACUGAAUUAACCAACAGGAGUAAACUUACGUUUGUUAGAGGUUAUAAAUGUUGGUUUGUAUACAUUUUCGGUUAAUUACCAAGCCCUAGUAUGUGUCUAAUUCAGCAGUUUGUUUUUGCAUUUAGCUUUUUCAAAGCUUUAAUUGAAAAUAUGAAAUUUUGCUCCUUUAUAGACCAAAACUGUUGCUCCAGUGACACAGUAUAUAGACGUAUCUUUGUUUUAGGUACUCAGGUAUAAUUGUUACCAUGGGGAACAAUCUUUUGCCUUAACUGCUGCUAUUUUGUAAUUUUGAAAGCUUUCACACAUUUAAGGCCAAAUAGAAAUAUUUCAUUUCAUUUUUGUCAAUUUUUAUCCACAUAUUAAUUUCUUCAUGUUGUGGAAGCAGACACACUGCAGUGGUCUUUCUUGAUUUUAUUAAACUUUUGUUGAAUUGAUACAAUCUUUAUUUUCCUCGAUGUUUUAUAGCAAAUAGAAUGAGCUUAGAGUUGUAAACUUCAGGUGGAAACUAAGCAUGAAGCAAUGAACCUUUACUGUUGUAGAGAUUGUAUACUAAGGCCUGUAGUACUCAUUUUGCCCAAUGAGAGCACGGUGAUUUAAAGAUGAGUGACUUUUUUUCUGUGAACAGUUUCUACGACCAAUGUCAGCUGAUUAAAGGGAAAUCUGUUAACCACCUUA